AGAGGUGGUCAUUUAAUAAGUUCGUGCGUGUGUUUGAUGGCUGAAGCAAAGUAUAAAAGAUAGAGAAGGAUUAAGGACACAAGGAAAGGUGGCAGCAGUCAUGGGGAUUCCGGAGACCAGCUCAGGUUCGAACGGAAUGAAAAGGCAGCUUCCAGAGAGCCCGAGUCGUCAGAAGAAGCCUGUGUUUCAGUCCUGGUUCAAGGCGCUGCUCCUGUUUUGUCUAUUGUUCUACAUCCUGUAUAACAUUAUGUCCAGCAACUCUCUGUCCUGGUUGAAGUUUCCGCUCCCUAUGACUCAUUUCAUUCGCAAUAAGAUGCAUUACCGUGUCAAUCCACGACUCAAAGUUAAGCCAAAUGUAAUCAAUGAAACCACCAAACUACCAUUGACUAUUAUUUCAUCUAUGCCAUCUACUCUGUAUCACCUAGCUUACCCACGGAACUACCACUUUGUUAUGGAUAAUGCAGACGUGUGCAAGACUAAAACGCCUUUCUUGGUCCUGAUGAUUCCAGUGGCACCUAAAAAUGUUGAAGCCCGGGAUGCCAUCCGACAGACAUGGGGCAAUAGCAGCUUGGUUCAGGGAGAAGUGGUUGUUACUCUGUUCAUGAUGGGCCUCGCUGAAGGAGCUGAUGUUGAUCAGCUGCAGGAGAAGAUCAAACAGGAGAAUCUGCAACACCACGACCUGAUCCAAAGUGAUUUCAUGGACACUUACCUCAAUCUGACCAUCAAAACUAUGGUGAUCAUGGAUUGGCUGGCCACUCGCUGUUCUACAGCAGCAUACGCCAUGAAGAUUGACUCGGAUAUGUUCCUAAACAUUGAUAAUCUUGUCAUUAUGCUAAAGAAGCCUGUCAUCCCCAAGCUAAACUACCUGACAGGGUAUCUUAUGUUGAACAGGCCAGUUGUCCGCUCAAAAGAUUCCAAGUGGUAUGUUCCUGUGGAGAUGUACCCAGAUCCCCAAUACCCGACAUAUACUCUGGGCAUGGGAUAUGUCUUCUCUAUUGAUCUUCCAGAGAAAUUUGUGCAGAUGUCAAAAUCAAUCAAGCCCUUUAAUAUUGAGGAUGCUUACAUUGGAAUGUGUAUAAAAAAUCUUGGACUCCAGCCCGUAUCACCGCCAGAUCCCUCCCAGUUCAAGGCCUACAACUCUAAAUAUGACCGUUGUGAAUUCUCAAAGAUCAUCACGUACAUCCUUAGGACUUCACAAGAGUUGAUAACAUAUUGGACAGAGUUGAAGAAGCCUGGACCACAUUGUUAGGACCAGGAUUACUGGAGAUGCACUGAGAAAUGACAUGGGUGGAAAGGCUUAGGUGGAAGAAAGUUGGGGGGUUAAUUUAUUUAUAGAUUUCUAUUGUAAUGGUAUAUAAUUCUCAUAUUUCAGAAAUGAGAAUUAGGAUUACCAAAAAUGAAAAGGUUUCUGUUCAACUGCACUGUAA